GAUUCUCAGAGAUUUCGAGUUAUCCCGAUCCGAUGUUGUCCCGAUCUUCGCGUCGUUUUAAGAAGGGGAGGCGGGGAAAACUGACAGACGAGACGGCCUGCCUGUCUGGCCCCCCCUGCGUGGCUGUCCUGCCUGGCCUGCCCGCCUGGCCUGGCUGAUGGGGCCUCGCGGAACCGAGGGGCACAUGCGAUGCGCUGCGCCUUGGCCCUCGCGGCGCUCGCCGCGCCCCGCGGCGCCGCCGCGGAGGUGGAGCCCCCGCGGGGCCCGGUGCCCGACCUGCGUGCCGCUUUGGAGCGCUGGAGUCGCCCGAGGAGUGGCGGCGCACGGCGUUGCCGGCCACGCCCGAGGACUGGCGCCCGCUGCAGCGACGGUACCUCGCCGUGGCCAGGGAGGCGCUGGAGGGCGGCGGCGACGGGCCAGCCACGUGGACACGCCCGUCGAUGCCUGUGCCCCUCAGCCUCGGCGGCGACGAACAACAGGCGCGGAUGUUCAAUCGGUCCCGCCGGCUCGAGGAGUCGGGGGCCCCCGCGUGGGCCGUGCUGAUGAGCAGCGCCGUGGUGGCGAUCGCCGACCUCGCGUUGACCGCGCGCGUCUGGUGCGCCACCGGGCGCGGCAAAGAGCUGCUGGACGCCUGGGGCGCGGGGUGGCAGCUGCUGCUGCGGCGGCUCCGCGGCGCGGCGCGUGCGCUGCCGCACGUGGAGGGCCACACCGUGUCCGCCCUCGGCACCACGGCCGCGGACGUGGUCCGGGAGGCCCUGCCGCAGGAGUUGCUCGUGCCGCUCACCGCGCUGGCCGCGGGCAAGUGCAGCAUCGACCGCGGCAUCUCGGUCGCGGAGCUGACCCUCGUGACCUUCGAGGCCCACGUCGAGGCCGCCCUCUUCCUGGGCGAGGAGGCGGCGCGCUUUGGCACCAGCCGCGUGGCCCGCGCGCAGUUCCACCGCGACGCCGCCGACGCGGGGCUCGAGGCCGCCGUGCUGCACCGGGCCGACGUGCUGCUCUGGGCGCUGUCGCGCGCGGGGGUCGCCCGCGCCGGCGGGCCCGUGCGCGUGGCUGAGGUCGGCGUCGACAUGGCAGACUGCUCGGCCCGGCUGCUCAGCGCACGACCUGGAGUGGGUCGGCGUGGACAUGCGGGAGGCUGGGCUCGCGGGCCCGGCUUGUGGUGGCCGACUCGGCGGCCGCCGCGAAGCAUUGGGGCCCCGGCCAUUUCGACCUGGUCUUCGUCGACGCCAACCACGCCGAGGACGACGCGGCCGCCGCGGACCUGGCCGCCUGGGCGCCCAAGGUGCGCGCCGGGGGCGUCGUCGCGGGCCACGACUACUGCCGCGACUUCCCCGGCGUCAUCCAGGCGGCCCACCAGGCGCUGCCGCUGGGCGCGACGUUGCACCUGGGCCCCGACUCGGUGUUCUGGUGGUACGCGCCAGCCGGAGACGAGCCUUUGCCCCAAGAAACUGCUCGCCAGGAGGCUUCAGCAUGAGCAGGAGAUUCGCUCCAGGAUGCUCGCCGUUUUCGGAUUGCUUGAGACCCUUCCUGGGCCCCAGGGCCGUCAAAG